CAGCUUCAUUCGCUUCAUCCCACACACAGUACAUAUCCCUCGCCUCCCGAUUGUUUAAGUUCGACGUAACUCGUCACAAUUUGACGGAAAACCCAUCUCCCCACCAACUUCUACAUCUGCCCCCAUCCUUCGCAAUGCCGUACAACACCACAGCAAUUCCUCCCAGGAAGGAGGUAACAGGCCAAACCCAGCUGCCGCUCACAAGGGUCAAGAAGAUCAUCGCGGUCGACCCCGACAUCACCGUCUGCUCCAACAAUGCCGCUUUUGUCAUCACUCUGGCAACGGAGAUGUUCGUCCAGUACCUCACCAGCGAGGCACAGAACAUGACCAAGCUCGAGCGCAAGCCGCGCCGGAACAUCCAAUACAAGGACAUCGCAAACGCCGCGGCCCACCAGGAGAACCUCGAGUUUCUCGAGGACGUCGUGCCCAAGACGACCACGUACAGGGAGAUCAAGGGCAAGGCCGCCGCCGCGCGCGCCAGGGUCACCGGCGAGAAGGUUCCCGAGGGCGCGGCUGCGGCGGACGAGCGCCCGUCUGACGCCAUGCCAAACGGCAAGAGGGCGAAGCCCACGGUGAACGGCAACGCUCCCCCGGCAGCAGCGAACGGCCUCUCGCGGAGCAGGGUGCUGUCCUCGGACGCGGCGGACCCCAGCGAUCAGUUGGAGCUGGAGAUGAGGCAGGCGCAGCGGGCAAACGAUGAUGAAGAUGUAGACAUGGCGGGUUAG